AUGGUAGCCAACCCUGGGGAUCUCACCCCUCUUGUGCCCAGCCCCAGGAACCUGCGCUCCAGCCUGCUGCCCACCUCAGUCCCCCCCAGACGCCACGCCGUGUCCUUGCUGGAGGAGGAACAGCAGGGCCUGCAGAAGAAGCUGAAGGGCACGGAGGAUGAGGUGGAGAAGUACUCUGAGUCCGUCAAGGAGGCACAGGAGAAGCUGGAACAGGCGGAGAAGAAAGCUACAGACCUUCGUCGGCAGAGCGGAGCCACCGCCUGCCCGGCUCACGCUGCGCCCCGCCGCGCUGCCUGCGCCCCAGACCCAACGGGGACAAGCGUCCCGAGCGGCGUCCGUGCAGGCGGUCCGGCCGCGCACCGGCCCCUCCGAGGAGUCGCGAGGAACGGAUGUGUCCCAGCAGCUGCCGCUCACCGGCACGGUGCCUCUGCUCCUCUUCCAUCUGCGUUUGCUGGGUUUUUUUCCUCCUUUCUCAACUUGUUCUCUCUCUUUCUUUCCUCCUUCCCUGCACCUGCUCUGUCGGCUCUUCUCUGUCCUUCGCCUGCCCCUGUCCCCACUCCCCCACCUGAUGGCCCCUGCUUGGGAUGUAGUAAAUGUGGUGACCUAGAGGAAGAGCUGAAAAUUGUCACCAACAACUUGAAGUCCCUGGAGGCCCAAGCUGACAAGUAUUCCACCAAGGAGGACAAGUACGAGGAGGAAAUCAAGCUUCUAGGGGAAAAACUGAAGGAGGCUGAGACCCGAGCAGAGUUUGCCGAGCGGUCUGUGGCGAAGCUGGAGAAAACCAUCGAUGAUUUAGAAGAGAGUCUGGCCAGUGCCAAAGAGGAGAACGUUGGCAUCCACCAGGUCCUGGACCAGACCUUGUUGGAGCUGAACAACCUCUGAGCUGCCUGGGGAGCCCCCCGUCCCUCUUCCCUACCCCACACGUGCACCCCACUGGCACGCUCUGGACGUCAUCAGCUAAACUGCGUCUUGGCCAAAUCCACGCAUCCAUUGAGAAGGGAAACCCUGCAGCCUUACACCGUGGCUCAAGGGUGUCUUGUCUGUGCACAGCCAGAAUGGCUCUGUCCUGUCUUCAUGUCCAAAUAUUAAAGCAGUUUGACAAGAUG